GCCGAAAACCCGCGAUUUGGAAUUGAGAACCACUGAAUAAUAAAGGUAUAACCCCAUUCUUAAACCCUCUCAAUCUAAUCUCCACUUCACAAUUUCUCAGUAUCAAUUUUGGGAAGAGAUCAAAGAGCGGUUCUAUUGGGGUGAAAGGUUCAUGGAGAAUGGGGAUGAUGUGAGACAGGAUCGAGUGGUUGAAGCACGGGCCAGAAAUAUAAGCCACAACGUGCGGUGCACUGAAUGUGGUAGUCAAUCUAUUGAAGACUCGCAAGCUGACAUUGCCAUUCUCCUGCGCAAGUUAAUACGAGAUGAGAUUCGGUCUGGUAAAAAUGACAAAGAGAUCUACAAGAAGCUGGAGGAAGAUUUUGGAGAGACAGUGCUUUAUACACCAAAAUUUGAUAUACAAACAGCGGCUAUAUGGCUGGCACCGCUUACACUUACUGGUGGCGCUGUGUUGAUAUGGGCAUUCAAGAGAUACAGGCGAAAGAACAACGUGCAUAUCAUGGCCCUAGACCUCGUCCGAGGAGUCCCAUUGACUCCAAAGGAGAAGGAGGCGAUGCUUGAGCUUCUGACACCACCUUCUACUCGAUGGUGGGGAAAAUGGCUUCCGCGAUGAUUUGAGGUUAAACUUUUCACCAUGUUGCAAACUUGAUUUUAGGAAAGUGCAGUCAAAUGGGCUUCAUAUAAAUGUAUUUUUGUUUGGACUAUAAUUCGUUAGCAUAUUGGCAUGUUCAAAUAUCUAAACUAGGCUGAAUAGUCCAUUAUAUUAGACGGAACACAUUUUUUAUUUGUGAUUAAUGAAUAGUCCAUGACUCUAUUACCUAAUACUCCCUCCACUGCCGCAUAAUGGAGGAAGUAUCAGGUUAUAGGUGGCGUGGAGUGAUUAGAAAUGAUGAAUGAUACGGAGCAUUGAAGUUUCGUUGUAGUUUUAUCAAUUU